AUGCAACGCCUGGCCACAGCUCCUGGAUGCGUCUUGGGUCACCUUUCCGACGCCGGCUGCGCCAGAUCCCGGCAUGCAGAAAGCUGUGAGGGGAACGGUGCGUCCUGGGCGUGCGCCAUUCGCGGGGAGGAGUUGCUCAUGGAAUCUUGCCAGUUGGCAGGGAGACUGCGUACACUCGGUCAAAUGGAUCCUCGGGACAGUGAAAAACGAUGCUGGAAUGCGGAUCCAGGACAUUCAGGGUGCUGUCGAAAUGCCCAGAAACGGGACCGCCCAUUCCCCCAGGCAUUUCAGAGAGCAAAGAAAGAGCAUGCCGCACCCCCGUCCAAUGAAGCACGAUGCCGCAAACGUGUUCGGAUUGGACAAUGCAACACGGCGUGCCGAGUGAAGCUGCGCAAGGAGGCCUUUAAGCAAACAAAAAAGGGAUUUUUGCCUCCGGAAGCAAUGACUUCUGGGCCGGCACAGGCGGGACAUCAUCAUCAUCAAUAUCCGGGUGUGACCGGGCGGCAUGGGUUCUGA